CCCUUCGAAAUACAGCCGAAAAGGUUUUUUCGUUGAAAGUUGGGUAUUUGACGGCCGAUUUUUAAAAUUAACAUGUCAUCACAUUUCCUUUUAAGCUAUGAAGUCGUUUACCCAUGGUUAGGUCAGCUAACAAAAUUCGCCCCCACAAAUUCCUCCAACAGUUUUCUUAGUUGGAAAUUUAAUCUCACUGCUUUCGUACCAAUUUAGGUACAUUUUUGCUACGAUUUUUCCCAAAUUCAUACUCUUUGUUUUCGUCGCAUCAGCAACCCGGGGAGUGCAAAACUGACGCUGUCAAUAGCGAGCUAACCUCUUGUAAUUUAAUCAUGCCAAUAAAUUUUAUAAAUUGUGGAAGUCAAAGUUGUUAACGCAUUAUAUUGGCAAGCAGAAAGGACCUGGUGUUUGGCCAGGGGUGUUGGGGUCUGAAAUUAUGACUUGCACCAAAUACCCGGUUGUAAGUGGUUUUGAGGCUAUUGCUAUGGGAGUUAUUCCUGAAAAUAUUGGCUCUUGGGAAUUACGCAAUGAUCAGCGUUAUUUAUUUGAUAUGGUUUUGGCAGUAAAUAAUGGUGAAUGCGAUGAAUAUCUCGCUAGUAAGAGCCCCGGUCCCGUCAGUACAGCUCGGUGGCUUACAACAGCUUCCAGGUUACUUCGGGUAUAUGUUUCCAAAGAAAGCCCGUCAGCGGAGUUGCGAAACAUGGUAGAGUUUGUUGUGAAAGUUUAUGCACCAUUCUGGUUUCUUGUAAAGAGCCAGCCACAAGCAAUUCAUGGAAGUAGACACGUUUUUAAGUAUAUUUGCUGGAUACGCGAACUAUCAAAUGCUGUUCAAGCCAUUAUACGUUCAGCUAUAGAAAAUAAUGCAUAUUAUUUUCACCCAGAAAAUGUAUUAUUAGCCAUGAUAACCGACGCUGAUCCAGAGAUACGUAAUGAUGGGUACGAAAAAAUCAAAACAGCACGUCAAUAUCCACCAGCAGGGCUUCGCGUGUUCAAGGUCCCAAAGCGUGGCGUAAUAAACUUUGAAAGUAAGUCGUAUGUCAGCAUGAUCGAUUGGAGUCAGUUUAAGAUUACGGAACCCCCUUGUGUGCAGUUCUACCCAGAUAGUGAACUUACAAUGUUUCAAUUUUCGGAAAAUGAAGUGAUAAAUAUCCCAGGUAAAUAUCUUCAAACUAAAAACUUCACGGGUCUUAUAGUACUUUUAAAUCAUUUUUUUUUAGAGUUCCUCUGUCAUUCCCAGAAUACCGAACGGUUUGUGCGUGUUGUUAGUGAGUCUGCAAGUGCUGUCACUGAUGAAAAGCGCCUGGGCCACAUUUUUGCAAAAUUAGAAAGCCGAGACCAAUAUAAAAGCCUUGAUUCGCGCCAAAAUUUGCUUAAGUAGCAAUAAAUAUUGUAAGUGAAAUAACUUUUUUGUUGAUUAUUUUAGUAAUAUAGUUUGAAGGCAACAUUUUCUUGAAUUUUUAAGUACU